AACAUCCCCCCGAAUCCACCUACCUUAACACAUUACCAUUCUUGAGCAUCGUUAUUAUGAAAUGAAUCUCUGCCGGGUAUUGGCAUUGUAGCCUCGGCGUAACUUCUGAAAAUGGCGUCCAGGCUUGAUCGUCUCGUCACUAUCCUCGAGACAGGCAGCACGAAGUUGAUUAAAGAUACUGCCGUUAAUCAAUUAGCUGAUUGGCAAAAGCAACACCCCGAGGAGCUCUUCAACCUAUUAUCUAGAGUUGUGCCUUACCUUCGUCACAAGGACUGGGAUACUCGUGCUACUGCGGCUAAGGCACUUGGUAAAAUUAUUGAGAAUGCCCCUUUCUACGACCCUAAUGAGGAUGAAGAUUCUACGAUAGAGAAGAAGGAAGAAGUCAGUAAUGAAACUGACUUCGUAAAAAAGGAGGAAAGUGAUGAAUCGCCGUUAUCCUCUGAUGAGUAUUUCAAGCCCGAGGCGCUAGAUGUCUCAAUUAUACUCAAGUACGGCCGUGAGCUGCUAAGAACUGGUAAUGUGGAUUACAGUGUUGCAAGCCUUGACCCGCAAGCACGACUCGCAUAUCAGAAGAAAACGCUCACAGGCCGGCUUGGACUGUUGGGUAGACGUUUCGAAGAUGAAGAGGUUCCGAUUACUGCGGAAAAAUCAGCUAGCCCUUUUACGCCUCAGGACUCUAAUCCCGCUAACGGCGUGGCUCGCCAAGAUACUGCUGCUGGUGUUGGACCUAACCAACCAACCGAAGAAUCGGGCCUAAGUGCUCGACAACUGAACGUUCUAAAAAGGAAACGGAAGAGAGAUGCACAAAAGGCUGCCCAGGGGAAGAGUGGUUUCGGCGACUUAUCCAUACGCCGCUCAUUUACUGCGGGGUCGGAAGGGCUAGACGAUACACCUAUGCUAGAUGCUGAUACGAAGAAAGGUGGAAAGACGGAUUACUUCAACCUAGAUCGGCCAGCCGAUGUCGAUGAAGACACCAAAAUUGUCUCUGAAUUCAAAGGGGCAGUUGUUCCUAUCAAAUCAGAAAUUGAAACAGAGGACGAGCUUCAAGGAUCAGAAUGGCCAUACGAACGCCUGUGCGAAUUUCUCAAAAUCGACAUAUUCGAUCCGCAGUGGGAGACGCGUCAUGGUGCCGCGCUAGGCCUGCGAGAAAUAUUACGAGUGCACGGUGCUGGAGCUGGUCGGUUAAGGGGGAAAUCGAGAGCCGAGAAUGACGCGUUCAACAGAAAGUGGCUGGACGAUAUGGCCUGCCGACUCUGUUGCGUGCUUAUGCUGGACAGGUUCACAGACUAUGCAUCUGAUACGUCUGUCGCGCCAAUUCGAGAAACCGUCGGCCAGACUCUAGGUUCAUUCCUGAAGCACGUGCCACCCACGUCCGUUUACAGCAUUUAUCGAAUUUUACUUAGAAUGGUGAUGCAGCAGGACCUUGAUUUAGACAGACCUAUUUGGGCUGUCUGCCAUGGCGGUAUGGUGGGCCUCCGAUAUGUUGUCGCAGUAAGAAAAGAUUUGCUACUUCAGCACAAUGACAUGAUUGAUGGGAUAGUUCAAGCUGUCAUGAAAGGCCUUGGUGACAGCGAUGAUGACGUUCGAUCUGUUAGCGCGGCCACCUUGAUUCCCAUAGCCCAGGAGUUCGUCAAGCUUCGACCGGGAGCUCUUGACGAGCUAAUCUACAUCAUGUGGGAAAGUCUCUCCAGCCUGGGAGACGACCUAAGUGCCAGCACGGGCAAGAUCAUGGAUUUGUUGGCUACUCUCUGCAGUUUCCCAGAAGUCCUAGAAACAAUGAAGCGUUCUGCCGAACAAGACGAGGAGAGAUCUUUCACAUUAUUAGUACCGCGACUCUACCCAUUCCUACGACAUACUAUCACCUCUGUUCGUCUUGCCGUUCUGAAAGCCCUCAUGACGUUCGUCAACCUCGGCACAGAAUCGCAGGGUUGGCUUGAUGGAAGAACCCUCCGAUUAAUAUUCCAAAACAUACUCGUAGAACGUGACCAGGAGACUCUCAAUAUGUCUAUGGAUUUGUGGGCUGCUCUAGUGAAAUGCUUGGCGAGAGACCCGGAGAAACUGGCGCACGAAUUUGCGCCACAUAUCGAUGCUCUUAUGCAGCUCACUCUACACCCUGUUGGAGUUUCUCGACAUCCUAUUCCUAUGAAUGGCUCGCUCUUCCUCAAACCUUCCGGAGACACGUACUCGGUGCCUGGCUCCACCCCUUCGGCUGCGCGUAAGGGUUCCGAGCCGGAGGGAGAGCGAGCUACGAAGAGGCGAAAGAAGUCUACUAAGGCGGACGAUCCGCCUCCCACUGCCCAUUCACACGAUCUUGAUGGUCAUAUGAUGCAAGGGGACGUUGACCUAGUCGGGAUCGACACACUUAUCCGCUCUCGUGUCUCUGCAGCGACAGCAAUGGGCUUAAUCAUGUCACUUGUACCUGCGCAGCAUUUAGAGUCCUACGAUGCCACUCUCAUUCCAGGAUUAACUUCGUCUUAUUCAUCUACCCAACUCACAGCGUGUAUAGUUAUAGAUGAAUACGCUCGAAAUAGCGUUUCAUCCCCAGCCGAAACGUCACGAUAUAUGGACGAGCUUCAAAAGAUUAUAGAUUUGGAGCGACCUUCCCAAUAUCGUGAUCUAGUGAGCUUCGUAAAACGAGUGCGUUCACAAUGCCAGCAGCUCGUGAGUAUCUUCAGAGACCAUGGCAAAGUGCCUCAACACAAACUUCCAGCUCUUGCUGUCGUUGUACAAGGCGAGGCAGAAGCAGGUCCAGGAGCUUUCUCUCUCGCUACAGCCGAGAAGUUUGUUAAAGAAGAUUUUGAGAGGUUAAAGAGAGUUAUGGCUCCAGCGCAGCGCUUGAUCGCUAGUCAGCAAUUAAGCGAACUUCGUGCAGCCGCUGUAGAAGUCAUCGAGGAUGUCAAAUCUAUCAAAGAGUCGCGAGAUGUUCGUAUUAAAGCGGCAGCGGCUUGUGCUCUCAUAGCAAUGAAAGUACUGCCCAAGAAACCGAGUCCCCUAAUCAAAGCUAUCAUGGAUAGCAUCAAGCUAGAGGAGAACCAGCAGCUUCAGACUCGCUCUGCUGAUACCAUCGGCCGGCUGGUCCAGUUUUUCACCGAGAAGGGCCGCAGAGGUCCGGCCGACAAGGUUGUGUCCAACUUGGUCAAAUUCUCCUGUGUUGAGGUCGCCGAAACGCCUGAGUUUCCGGUGCACGCGACGAAGACGAAUGUGAUCCUAUCGAUGCAAAAAGAGGAGGACAGAGUUGAUCAUGGGUCAGACGCAGCUAAAUUCGCUCGUGAAGCUAAAGGUGCUCGCAUUACUCGACGAGGAGCGAAAGAAGCCCUCGAGAUCCUCUCCCGCACGUUCGGUGCAGAUCUAUUUACUACAGUCCCAAGCUUGAGGACUUUCAUGGAGGAGCCUCUAGUAAAGGCAUUCUCAGGCGAACUUCCUCCUGAAGCUAAGGACCCCGAAGAUAUUUUUGGGCAAGAAGUCGUCGAUGCUAUGUCAGUUAUCCGAACCAUGACACCGACGCUAGACAAAGCUCUUCACCCCUUCAUAAUGCAACAGGUACCCCUCAUCAUCAAGUCACUCCAUUCAGAACUCUCCGUGUUCCGAUAUAUGGCUGCGAAAUGCCUAGCUACUAUCUGCAGUGUCAUCACCGUAGAGGGCAUGACUGCCCUCGUAGAAAAGGUUCUGCCUUCCAUCAACAACCCUAUAGAUCUACAGUUCCGUCAAGGUGCAAUAGAAGCUAUCUAUCACUUGAUUGCUGUUAUGGGCGAUGGCAUCCUACCUUACGUCAUUUUCCUCAUCGUGCCUGUUCUAGGUCGUAUGAGCGACUCGGACAACGAUAUUCGCCUGAUUGCAACUACAUCUUUUGCUACGUUGGUUAAACUAGUACCUCUUGAAGCCGGCAUCCCUGACCCACCCGGCCUCUCUGAAGAGUUACUGAAGGGCAGAGACCGUGAGAGGACGUUUAUCGCGCAGCUCCUUGACCCAAAGAAAGUUGAACCGUUCAAAAUACCGGUCGCAAUCAAUGCCGAGUUACGUUCGUAUCAGCAGGAGGGUGUCAAUUGGCUUCAUUUCCUUAACAGAUAUCACCUCCAUGGUAUUCUCUGCGAUGAUAUGGGUCUUGGGAAGACGCUCCAGACCCUUUGCAUCGUCGCUAGUGACCAUUACAACAGAGCAGAGGAGUUCAAAAAGACUGGUGCUCCAGAUGUGCGGAAGCUCCCAUCCCUUAUUGUCUGCCCACCGACACUCUCGGGGCAUUGGCAACAGGAAUUAAAAACAUUCGCGCCGUUCCUGAGUGUCACCGCGUUCGUCGGACCUCCCGCUGAAAGAAGGGCCAAGGCCGCUCAGUUUGCCUCGACCGACGUCGUCAUUACUUCGUAUGAAGUAUGCCGCAAUGACACAGACUAUCUCGAGAAGCAGAGUUGGAACUACAUUGUGCUUGAUGAAGGCCACUUAAUCAAAAAUCCCAAAGCAAAGAUUACGCUCGCCGUAAAGAGGCUUGCUAGCAAUCAUCGCCUAAUCCUUACCGGCACACCGAUCCAAAAUAACGUCUUAGAGCUCUGGUCCCUCUUCGACUUUUUAAUGCCAGGGUUCCUUGGGGCCGAAAAGGUGUUCCUAGAUCGAUUUGCCAAGCCAAUCGCUGCCAGUCGCUUCAGUAAAGCUUCCUCUAAGGAGCAAGAAGCAGGCGCUCUAGCGAUCGAGGCGCUACAUAAACAGGUCCUGCCAUUCUUACUCCGUCGUUUGAAAGAGGAGGUUCUUGAUGACCUGCCUCCCAAGAUUCUCCAGAAUUACUACUGUGAUCUCAGCGAACUACAGAGGAAGCUAUUCGAAGACUUCACGAGAAAGCAGAGUAAGAAGCUUACAGAGGAAGCCGGUCGAGAUGAUAAAGAAGCCAAACAGCACAUCUUCCAAGCUUUGCAGUACAUGCGAAAGCUAUGUAACUCACCUGCACUCGUCAUGACACCAAGCAACAAGCUUUACGACGACACACAGCGCUUCCUUGCAAAACAAGGCACCAGCAUAGAAGAUCCGGUUCACGCUCCCAAGUUGACUGCUCUCAAAGACCUGUUGGUUGAUUGCGGUAUUGGAGUUGAAGGUACAGAUUCAAACGAUCCUCUCUAUCAGCCGAUCAAGCCACAUCGCGCGUUGAUUUUCUGUCAGAUGAAAGAAAUGCUCGACAUGGUCCAGAAUACAGUAUUAAAACGCAUGCUUCCUUCUGUUUCAUAUCUGCGACUCGAUGGUUCGGUCGAAGCGAAUAAACGGCAAGACAUCGUGAACAAAUUCAACAAGGACCCCUCCUAUGAUUGCCUAUUACUUACCACUAGCGUGGGUGGUUUAGGUCUCAACCUUACAGGAGCAGAUACGGUCAUAUUCGUUGAGCAUGACUGGAAUCCCCAGCGAGAUCUCCAAGCUAUGGAUCGUGCCCACCGAAUUGGGCAAAAGAAGGUUGUCAACGUAUACCGGCUGAUUACGAGAGGCACAUUGGAAGAGAAGAUUUUGAGCCUUCAAGCAUUCAAGAUCGACGUAGCAUCUACGGUAGUGAAUCAACAGAAUGCCGGCUUGGGAACCAUGGACACGGACCAAAUAUUGGACCUCUUCAACAUAGGCGAUGCAGGACCGAACCUAAUAUCUGAUAAACCUCAAGGCGCUAUCGACGGGCGGGAAGAGGAUAUGGUGGAUGUUGAAACGGGAGACGUAAGAGCACCAGGCAAGAAAGCAUGGGCAGAUGAUCUAGGAGAACUCUGGGAUAACCGCCAGUACGAGGAAAGCUUUGACUUGGACGGCUUCCUCAAAACGAUGCAAUGAUGAUUGAGGAUUAAAGACUAAUGAGUCUUAAUAAGGCUAAGCUUCAUGAGCAGCCUUUAUAAUAAUGGCAUGCCUAUCUAUAGGCGAGAUGUGCUGGUAUUGUAUUGUGUAUAAUUGUAUUAUAAGAUGAGGAGCUGGCGAUAUGAUGCGGCAAAUGAACUUGCAGCAGAGCUUAGCUAAAUACAUUGACUUUACGCACUAAAAGAUGUAUUGCUGGUUCGGAGAAUGUUGAGUUUGAGAAAUACUUGAGUGUGAAGCUCCUAAAAUUCUGAUCCAUAUUGCCUACUCAGGUAGGCAUCAGAGUAGGCACGUACGAUAAAAAAAAAAAAAAAAGAAUAGG